CAUCCUUCUACAUCACUCUUCUCUCUCUCUCUCUCUCUCUCUCUCCCUCUCUCCGUCAAAAAAAUUGCAGGCCUCUUAUCUCAAAACGAGGCUCCAAGAACCUUCCCAAAAGAAAAAGAAAAAACGAAAUCGUCAAUCUCUUCAAAACCCUUUCUUGGAUUUCAAAUCGCUCGAGUCCCACGCAAAAUUGUGGCCGGUUUUAUUGCCCGCGAUUUUUGCCGAUCCGUAGUUUUCGCAGUUGUGUAUAACUCUUCUCCCUCCUGACUUUCGAUCCAGUAAAUAGUUAGGGUUUUUGUUUGGUCGACGUGAUGAACUCGCGAGGACGAUAUCCGCCCGGGCUCGGCGGCGGCGGAAACGGUAAUGGCCGCGGUGGGAACCCUAAUUUUCAACAGAGAAACUUUCAGCAACAACAGCAGUACGUGCAGAGGGGUCCAAUGCAGAACCAUCAACAGUUUCAACAACAGCACCAGCAACAACAACAGCAGCAGUGGUUGAGGAGGAACCAAUUGGGGGGCGAGUCGAGCGUUGACGAAGUCGAGAAGACCGUCCAGUCCGAGGCUGUCGAUUCGAGUUCACAAGAUUGGAAGCAACAGUUAAGGAUUCCUGCACCGGAUACUAGAUACAGGACUGAGGAUGUGACAGCCACGAAGGGAAAUGAAUUUGAAGACUAUUUCCUAAAACGCGAGCUACUGAUGGGAAUAUAUGAGAAGGGGUUCGAAAGACCAUCUCCUAUUCAAGAGGAAAGUAUCCCAAUUGCACUAACUGGAAGUGAUAUUCUUGCAAGGGCUAAAAAUGGAACAGGAAAAACUGCUGCCUUUUGUAUACCUGCCUUAGAAAAGAUUGAUCAAGAUAACAACGUCAUCCAAGUCGUUAUACUUGUUCCGACACGAGAAUUAGCUUUGCAAACGUCCCAAGUUUGUAAGGAGCUUGGGAAGCACCUGAAAAUUCAAGUAAUGGUUACCACUGGUGGAACCAGUUUAAAAGACGAUAUAAUGCGUUUGUAUCAACCAGUUCAUCUACUUGUUGGAACUCCUGGAAGAAUUCUAGAUCUUGCUAAAAAGGGUAUUUGUGUUUUGAAAGAUUGCUCGAUGCUUGCCAUGGAUGAGGCUGAUAAACUGUUGUCUCCAGAGUUCCAACCUUCUAUAGAACAGCUGAUUCAUUUUCUACCUCCGAAUCGUCAAAUAUUGAUGUUUUCAGCCACUUUUCCUGUUACUGUUAAGGAUUUUAAAGAUAGAUAUCUGCACAAGCCCUACGUUAUUAACCUUAUGGACGAGCUUACUCUGAAGGGUAUUACACAGUUUUAUGCUUUUGUUGAGGAGAGACAGAAAGUUCACUGCUUAAACACCCUUUUCUCUAAGCUUCAAAUCAACCAAUCAAUCAUCUUUUGCAAUUCGGUGAAUCGAGUAGAACUGCUGGCCAAGAAAAUUACAGAGCUAGGCUAUUCUUGCUUCUAUAUUCAUGCCAAGAUGCUUCAAGAUCAUCGCAACAGAGUAUUCCACGAUUUCCGGAAUGGUGCAUGCAGGAAUCUUGUCUGUACGGAUCUGUUUACAAGGGGGAUAGACAUUCAAGCAGUCAAUGUUGUGAUUAACUUUGAUUUUCCCAAGAAUGCAGAAACUUAUCUGCACAGGGUUGGUCGAUCAGGGAGGUUUGGACACCUUGGUCUAGCAGUGAAUUUGAUAACUUAUGAGGAUCGUUUCAACUUGUAUAGGAUUGAGCAAGAACUUGGAACUGAGAUAAAGCAAAUUCCUCCACACAUAGAUCAGGCUAUUUACUGCCAGUGAUUUGUGGUCGAUUUCCAGUAUAUGGUCAAUGGUGGAACUCAAUCAUGGUAAUCACCAAGAUUUCCUCCCAAAGGUCUGGUUUAUUGAUCGAGGAAACCAAGGAUUGUAAGACUAUAAAUACCGAAGUGAACCUAUAUUUUUAUUUUCUCACUCUAGUGUCUGGCAACGCUACAAAUGUUACCGGGUUUCUACAUAGGAUACAAAGAAUUUUAGCUUGAUUAAAGUAGGUUCGGAUAGCUAUUGAAGCACCCUUCACGCGGGCUUUUGAGUGUAGCCUAUGAAAAUCAACCUGAAAUUCAUGAUUUGGGAGUGUAUGUCAAUCCGUAUUCAUUCAAUUUGAUGUGCAAUUUUCAUGGGAAAUCCAUGGAUAAACCGUGCUGCAAUGUACUUGUAUUUGUGGGGUUAAGGGUGGAUAAUUUUGUUGAAAGUUCGAUGCAACCUAAGCAAUGUUAUAGGAUAUUGUACGGAA